AUGCAAAGACGUCAAUCUCAACCCAACCCCAUUAUGACGACAGCUUUUUCUACCGAUUAUCCUCAUCACCAACGUCCAUUAAAAUCACCUACUCGUUCUAUUUCUUCCUCUUCAUCCACACCCUUGUCACUUCUCGCACUACCAUCCACAGAUGAAAAUCGUCGCCCUUCAACAGAAACAUCGUCACCAUCAUCACCAGCUGAACUUGAACGUGAAUUACAUCACAUGUCUACCCGAUUACAACAAGCAGAAUCAAGAAUUGAUAGGCUCAAGUCAGCCAACCGAAUGUCCAUAGUUGCUGAUACCCCGGAUCAAGUGUGCAAGCGUGCUAGUGAAAAUGCCAUAAAGGACCAAGUACAAGAUUUAUACAUGACAAAAACACGCCUUGAGCAAACGUGCAACGACCUGCGACAAGAACGUGAUAAGCUGAUGACAGAAAUUACAGCUCUUAUUGAUCAUCCUCCCAAUGACAAGAUAGAGGCCGAUGUGUGGGAAAAGAUGAUCUUGGGACCAUUUGAAACACAUUUGUCAUCGGUGCGUCAUGAUAUUGAGGAAGCACAAGCUGAAUAUGACCGAUUGGAUCAAGCACGUAAUGAAGUCAUGAGUGAUAUGGUGCUUCUCAAUACCAAAAACGCUGAAUUGAACGCACUCAACAAUGAUCUUUCACGGCGCAUGACCCAAAGAGAACGUGAAGCUGUGGCAUUCAUGGCAGGUACCAAUUUCUUGGAUACGGCGGGGAAGAAACAUUCGGAUGAAAUUGCAUCUGCAGAAGAAGAAACAACGUCAAGAUUGAGGAAACUCAAGAACAAACGCAUGAUGUUUUUUGGAAAGUCACCAUCCACAUCCACCUUAUCAUCCACAUCAUCGUCUCAUCAACGCAAGAGCAGCAACAGUUGUUUAUCCAUCAAUGGAGAUGAUCCACAGCCACAGCCACAACCACAACAGCAUCGGCUUGUACAAAGCAAGAAAUUCAUACGUCCAAUGAAAUGUGAAGGCUGUGGUGAAAAAAUAUGGCGAGCAUCUGAAUACAAAUGCCAAGGCAAGAAAGGUGUGCCUCCACCCUUACCACCCAAAGAGGAAAGAACAAUGUCCAUGGUUUUUGGAAACGACUUGGCUACACAAAUACAACUUGAACAUGGAAGCAUCCCUGUCAUUGUUCAAAAGUGCGUGGAAGCUGUGGAAGCACGAGGCAUGGAUUCCGAGGGCAUUUAUCGUCGUUCAGGAGGUGCAGGUCAAACGCGUGAGAUCCAACAACUUUUUGAUCAAGGCAAAGUGCCCGAUCUCACUGAUGAUGUAUCCAAAUGGAAUGACAUCUCAGCCAUAACAAGCGUGCUCAAGCUGUAUUUUCGAAAUCUCCCCGAUCCUCUCUUUACAUUUGCUUUGCAUGAUAGUUUCAUUCAAGCUAUUCUUAAUAAGGACCCUGAACAGCGUCUUGACAUUUUCCGUCGCCUCUUGCAUGAUACCCUUCCAUCUGAGAAUUACAAUACGCUCAAGUACUUGAUUCGACAUCUCGUAAGAGUUCAGGAACAGCAUCACGUUAAUUUGAUGAACACUCGCAACUUGGCGGUCGUAUUUGGACCCACAUUAUUGCGUAAUCCAGAUGAAAACAAGGACCUCUUGGAAAUGAAUCGAAAGAUUGAAAUCAUCGAUUACAUGAUAAGAAACGAGCAUGAGCUAUUCAACGACGAUAGACAUCAACAUCCAAUGGCCAGUGAAGCUUCCUUUAAUACCUAUACGACUACUGGUGAGACUGUUGUAAGCCCUGAUGCGUUGUAA